GCAGACUCCUAACGAAGGCAUGCUUCGUACGUCUUCGCUCCUUGACCGAGACACAGGAUCUGGCUGUACAAUUGGCCAAAUUCUGGUUCUUCUUUGACUGCGGUUUCGGAAAGGAAAUUAAGGGAAUGUCGGUGAGAAACACGCGAAUUUUGUUUCACAUCGUGGAGAUGCGGGCGCAAUUCCGUUAGGUUUAAAGCUGACAUAAAUUUGGGAAUCAAACAGUAGUUUUGCGCAUGCGCUCGCUCUCGUGCGUUUCAGGAAUGCGAAGAGAUUGAGAGUGUUCGCUCUGCGAUCGAGCAGCCACCUGGUGGUACCACCGAUCUUUCGACGACUGCGGUCUGAUUAUCUUCGAUCAAAUUGAUCGCUCGUGCUGAUUGUUGGCACUAUCAGAACCCGAGGUUUAAGAAGGCGUUAGCACUCAGUGACAUGGCUUACUAGCUCUUGUCGGGGAAGGGAUGAUGUGCUCUUGAAAUCCGUGCUUGAGGUCCUGGUGUUGCUCGCGGUCGUUUCUUAAGACGGUGGAAUAUUGGAGCAGAACGAAGAGGGACAAACGCGCUUCCGCUUUUAAUUGACUGGUUGAGAACCCAAUGUUCUUCUUGGAGUGAGUCAUACGCAGCAUGGCCGACGCAGGAUACAUGCUAUCAACUUUCCGAUGUCCUCUGUGGCUCGGGUGUCCUCUCUUGGAAUUAUCGGUAGAUGAGCAAUGUCGCUCCACGCGUCUACUGUGUCACGAUGCUCAAAGAAUGCAACAUAUUAGAUAUUAAUUUACAUGAAGCAGAACAAUGAGGAGAAAUUUAGCCAGCGUUGUCUACAGAAACACACAUGAGCUUACUUUCGAAGGACUGUGAAAAAACGUCACAUGAGGCUGUACGGCUCCGAAGCCGUCGUCUUUCUUGAUGUGUAGUUUCAGGAGUCCGGGCCUCUGGCCCCUUCCAAGAGUGAAACACAGACAAGCUGGUAACACAAACGGCGCAUUACGGAAGCAUAGCGAAACCACAUGUUUACUGCAAGUGGCACUACUCAUCGGAAACGAGCCUCUGCAAAGAAACAUGGGGUGAGCAGAACUCCUGGUCAUAAUGAUCCUUCUAAUGCCAAUGACGAUGACCUUAUCAGUAGGGUAGAUCUGAACUAUGGGAACAAGUUGUUGAGCUUGAGAGCAGCUUUAAAUGAGAAAGAGUUGCAGCUGGUGGAGCUCCGAGAGCAGCACAUUAGUGUUGUAAAUAGAGGAGCCAUUGCUCGUAAGAAUUGGGAGGAUGCUCUGAAGUCGAAGGAUCAAGUGAUCAUCCAGCUGCAAAAGGCCCUACAUGCGAAGAAGUGUGAGCUUGACAGACAAGAAAGAGUGAACGAAGAGAACAUUCAGAGACUUCUACAGCAGCGAGAAGAAGAAGAGAAUGCAGAACUUGAACAGAAAGAACGAAAGAUAUCUCAUUUGGAAGCGAAGAACAGUCAAUUUGUUCAAGAGGUGGUGGAUCAACAGAAGACAUUAGCUAAGCUCAAAAAGCAACUUGAAGAUAGAGAAAGACAAUGCGCAAGCCACUUGCACAAGAUUGAAGUGAUAAAUGGGAGAGUUCAGGACCUAAAAGCUGCUCUUCAGAAAAAGGAAGAAAUUGUCGAAACUCAACAAAAAUAUUGUCAAGAACUAAAAGCCUUGCUCUGGAAGCGCGACUCAGUAAUUGGCCAACUUCAGCUUGCAGAACAACAACUGCAAUCCUCUUUGGCCAGACAAGAAGCAGAGUAUGAGGCUUUAGAGUGUGCCAAGCAGAAGUUACAAGAGGAAAAAGAUGCUAUCGAAAAGAACCUGGCUGACCUUCGCCACAACCUCGACAGUGUGGAUAGCGGGUCCUUGCACAGGAAAUGCGAAAAGGGCUUUAAGGAGAAAGAAGCUGUUUUACGAAAGCAGAAACGCCAAAUCCAAGAACUCGGAAGAUGUUUAGAGUCCACUGAAGAAACUCUAGACGCUAAACGCAAAGAUUAUCAGCAUCUUUUGGAAGAGAAGCGAAGGUUACAACAAAAAUACGAUUCUCUCACGCAAGAAUUUGAGGAAGCUCAAAGGAUACAGCGUCAUCUGGAGUCGAAUCUAGGAGCUGUACAAGAGAGGCUACUGAAUGCUGAAAGGGUGAUUUCCGAGGCUGAACAAGAAGCGAUAGUUGAAGCUGCACAAUUUGCCCCAUCGCUGGAGAGAUCAAUUGCUGCUGAUCAGGCUGGCGACAAUCUCAUGGACGACUUUCUAGAGCUUGAGAGGCAAUCUAACGGGAGCGUGGUACAUAACUCUGGGACGUACUCGAGAGAAUCAAAACAACAAUCAUCCAAACCCUCGUUCUUGUUUGAAGCUUCACGUCCUCCAGCAGAUUCCUCGGCGAGGAAUUCGUCAUCCUCAGCUAGGAGAGGUACGAAAGAUGGCAGCAAAGUUCAAUUAAUGCGGAAACCCCAGGCUUCUGAAAUACUAAACGCCGUCGAGAGCAAGCAUUCUUUCAGUGUCGACCGCAAUCAACGGCCUCCUAAGGUCCCAACUUUUCAGGGAUCCACCCCAGUUAGCAAGACUUAUUACCAGGCGUUACCAAUUGAUUCUGUCAAAAAAGGGGAACGAAAGGCUUGGUCUGUGACAGAUACUACGAGGAGGCAACAAAAUUCAAAUGGUACCAUGGCGAACGGUCAACCUGCUGGAAAAGUUGUAGAAGCAUCGGACGUGAGAAGCCAGUCGUCCGAGUCCUCUCAGCAAUCGUCACCCAGUAAACAAGAUUUGGGUUCUUCUUCGGAGAUGUAUCGAGUGGCAGGUGGAGAGCGAAGUCCUACGCUCAUAGAAGCUUUUCAAAAUUCUUCUCUCGGUGCCCAAAAAAAAACUCCUACUUACAUAUGUACAUCCAGGAAAAGAACAAACUCUCAUCUGCCACGAAGUCCCCCUUCUUCCGACGAUUCUCAGACACUUUCGCUCAAUGAUCGAAGAAGCAACUUUUCAGUGGCUGCGCAUGAAUCAAAAGCAGCGGCACAAGCCAAUGGAUGGAGCAUGCAGGACUGUACUAUGUACGAAGCCCACCAACCUUCUCCUCGAGAUGGAGAUAUCAGAACCUCCAACGGCAACAGAGGGAGACAACCAUCACGAGUCUCGGGGAGCCAUGAAGCUUCUGAUUUUUCGCCAGCACCAUAUUUAGAACAAGAUAGACUAAGUUACUUCAACACUGAUCGUGACUCUAAAGAAAGAGCAAUGCGCCAAGCUCGGAGUGAAUCAAAUAAAUUGUCUUCUAAUGGUGGGAAUGUAUCCCAUGGCCAACAAAAGCUGCCAGUUUCAGCAACAAAGCCUGACGGAUCGAGAAAUUUGAGGAACAAAGAUUCGAUGCGGCCACCCACUCCUGCCUCAGACAUUAUUCAAGGCUCAAGCGAGAGUGCCCUAAGAUCACUCCAAGACGAGGUGAUGAAACGAGAGCGAGGGUGGCGACGAACCGAGGCAAAUAUGCGAGCUGCUCUUUGUCAACGGCUGGCAGAGCUGAAUGGUACAGAUCAAAGCAUCAAGGGAGAUGAUUUUGACAUGAUCGAACGAGCAAAACUUGAAAGUAAACGUUCUGUCCAGCGAAGGAAGACUUGAGCUCUAUCGCCACGAGGAGAGCGAUGCACAACAUAGUUCUUCCGUGCAAAUCCAGUCGAAAGAAAUCUACUUUCAGAAAACUCGAUAUGAAUUUCCAUGGCAGCAAAAGUAUCAACUGAUACGUCGACCUCAACAUCAAUCAUGCAUCGCACGUUCCAGAUUUCCUCGCUAUGCAAACGAAUUGCAUAUCGUUCACAGUUGCAUAUCGAAUGAGUCAAUUAUAGAUAUGAUGAGCUCGUACACAGAUUCAUUCUUCUAUCUAACGCUGCUGGCGUAGGAGAAUGACUGUGAGCAAUGUGCUGGGCCCGUUCUCGUACUGUCGUACUUUUUGGUGGUGGUGGUUGGCAAGUCGAAAGUUCAAUUACAUGCGGUAGAACUUGCGGGAUUGCACGACGCUGUGUACUUCUUGGCACCCUGCCUUAAACGAAUUUCGUAGGAGCAAUAAUGGAGUCCCUUCAGGAUGUGGAAGCUUGACGUACUUGUUCUCCGUGCGACAGCCUUGAUUUGAACCUUCCAUGACCAUUUUAGGGAAACACUUUGCUAGAAGUCAAGAGUAAUACUAGGGAGAUAUUUCUCCCUUGAGUUGGUAGAUGCACAAAUGACCUCAAACACUAAAAUCAUCUCCAAGUAAAAUACAUUAAAAUGGAGUAUUAUUUUGAUUGUAGAGAGUAUGUGAACCGUAACUCAUGGAAUGAUGACAUUCCUAUUUUUAUAAAUUCCUAAUGAGAAAACAUGAAUAUGAACAUGAUCAGACCGUAGGCC